AUUUUGUUAAGCGGAAAUAUGGAGGCUUCAGAUCUUGAUGCGAAGUAAGGUUUGGAGUAAUAUGUGUAGAUUCAGAAUGAUAGUUGACCUGAUUCAGAACUCGACUGACUCGAGUACUAAAAAUAGCAUUAAGCCCUCAAAUGAUCAGAAAUUAAAGUUUUAUGGUCUAUUCAAACAAGCUACGGUUGGGAAAUGUAGUGGAAAAGCCCCAUCAAGGCUGAAAGUUAUUCCUAGGAUGAAGUACUUCGCAUGGAAAGAGCUUGGAAACAUGAGCAAAGACCAAGCUAAGAAGAAUUAUGUAGAACUUGCUUACAAAGUUGAUCCUAAACUGAGUGCAAAGCUUUAAUUCAUGUUGAGAAUU